CACAGCCCAGCUGAGGUUAAUCAUCCCAGGAUCUGCUGUCUCUGCUGGUCUCUUGGACUCACAUCUUCUUUGUGGGAUCCUUCCUUAUUGCCAGCUCCUUCAGCUGGUCAGGAAUCCACCAUCCAGGAUUAGAAGGCUUAACAAUCUGAGCAGUGUUCAUGGGAGUCACCAUGUCCUGGUCCUCAAUUCUGAAGAGUCUCCUUGCUGUCUGCAUCUUCACCCACUUGUCUGUCAGCUCUGAGGAGCGUUAUGGUUGUGAUAACAAAAAAUGCUAUAAUGGGAGAUGCAUAUCUAAUCCAAAGACUUGUGAAUCCUCUAAGGGCUGCUUCUACCAUGUGCAGGAAUUAAAAGUACCAAAUGUUUUAUCCAGAAGCCUAAAGAUUAAGGAGAGCAGCUGUUCUAAAGACGAGUGUACGGAACUAGCAUUCUCAGCAACACUUGGGGGCCAAUGGAAGUUUAGCUAUGACCAUCAAUGCUGCUACACUGACCAGUGCAACAGAAUGUCCAAACAUGUUGAGUCUCUUCCAUCUUUCCAACCCCAACCCAAUGGUGUGGAAUGUCCUUCCUGCUACAGUGAGGAUGGCGAGUGUAAGCCGGUUCCCCUGAAGUGCACAGGGGAAGAGACGAAGUGCAUUGAAGUUAUUGGUACAGCUAUGAUUAACGGCCCUUUGUGCUCUGUGAUACGUGGAAUGGGCUGCGCAACUGUGACUUCCUGCGGCUUGAAGAAUUUGACCAUCCUGGAAAAUGCAAAAAUUGACACCUUCUGCUCCAAUGGCAGCCGCCCUCUCACGUCCUUCUCAUCUGCUCUGACUUGUCUCUUCCUAAUGAAAGCCUUGCUUUGAUCCCUUGGGGACUGUAACUCCCAUGACCCUUCCUCACAUUCAGACACAUCAGCCGCCUUUUGUGACUAUUUACCCAACAGGGGAGAAAU